AUGGCAAUAGUUUGCAGCUCUACAACAGCUCUACAGCAGCUCUACAACAGCUCUACAGCAGCUCUACAGCAGCUCUACAGCAGCUCUACAACAGCUCUACAGCAGCUCUACAGCAGCUCUACAGCAGCUCUACAACAGCUCUACAACAGCUCUACAGCAGCUCUACAGCAGCUCUACAGCAGCUCUACAGCAGCUCUACACCAGCUCUACACCAGCUCUACAGCAGCUCUACAGCAGCUCUACAGCAGCUCUACAGCAGCUCUACAGCAGCUCUACAGCAGCUCUACAGCAGCUCUACAACAGCUCUACAGCAGCUCUACAACAGCUCUACAACAGCUCUACAACAGCUCUACAGCAGCUCUACAACAGCCCUACAGUAGCUCUACAGUAGCUCUACAGCAGCUCUACAGCAGCUCUACAGCAGCUCUACAGCAGCUCUACAGCAGCUCUACAACAGCUCUACAACAGCUCUACAGCAGCUCUACAGCAGCUCUACAGCAGCUCUACAGCAGCUCUACAGCAGCUCUACAGCAGCUCUACAACAGCUCUACAACAGCUCUACAGCAGCUCUACAGCAGCUCUACAGCAGCUCUACAACAGCUCUACAACAGCUCUACAGCAGCUCUACUAGGCGGCACGGUGGCUGAGUGGAUAGCACUCUCGCCUCUCAGCAAGAAGCUCUACAGUAGCUCUACAGUAGCUCUACAACAGCUCUACAGCAGCUCUACAGCAGCUCUACAACAGCUCUACAACAGCUCUACAACAGCUCUACAGCAGCUCUACAGCAGCUCUACAGCAGCUCUACACCAGCUCUACAGCAGCUCUACAGCAGCUCUACAGCAGCUCUACAGCAGCUCUACAGCAGCUCUACAGCAGCUCUACAACAGCUCUACAGCAGCUCUACAGCAGCUCUACAGCAGCUCUACAGCAGCUCUACAGCAGCUCUACAACAGCUCUACAGCAGCUCUACAACAGCUCUACAACAGCUCUACAGCAGCUCUACAACAGCCCUACAGUAGCUCUACAGUAGCUCUACAGCAGCUCUACAGCAGCUCUACAGCAGCUCUACAGCAGCUCUACAGCAGCUCUACAGCAGCUCUACAACAGCUCUACAACAGCUCUACAGCAGCUCUACAGCAGCUCUACAGCAGCUCUACAACAGCUCUACAACAGCUCUACAGCAGCUCUACAGCAGCUCUACAGCAGCUCUACAACAGCUCUACAACAGCUCUACUAGGCGGCACGGUGGCUGAGUGGAUAGCACUCUCGCCUCUCAGCAAGAAGCUCUACAGUAGCUCUACAGUAGCUCUACAACAGCUCUACAACAGCUCUACAGCAGCUCUACAGCAGCUCUACAGCAGCUCUACAGCAGCUCUACAACAGCUCUACAGCAGCUCUACAGCAGCUCUACAGCAGCUCUACAGCAGCUCUACAGCAGCUCUACACCAGCUCUACACCAGCUCUACAGCAGCUCUACAGCAGCUCUACAACAGCUCUACAGUAGCUCUACAGCAGCUCUACAGCAGCUCUACAGCAGCUCUACAGCAGCUCUACAGCAGCUCUACAGCAGCUCUACAACAGCUCUACAACAGCUCUACAGCAGCUCUACAGCAGCUCUACAGUAGCUCUACAGCAGCUCUACAACAGCUCUACAACAGCUCUACAGCAGCUCUACAGCAGCUCUACAACAGCUGA